AUGUUACUUGGAUCGGACAAGUUUGUUCCAUCGGUUCGUUCCCAGUUGAGCUGGCUAGAAGGCGGGGCGGAGGAGGACGGUGGAGAGACCUCGGAUCGGUGUCCUUACAUUCGGUACGUGGCACCUAGUGAAGCCAACAUGUUCCAAACAUCUACUCCGUAUUUUCGCAAUUCUUCAUCCGUGUUGACGGAAAGGAAUACACCUUUUGCCAUUUCGAUACAACCAACAACAUCGUUAUUGCACUGGUCGCCGUCUACGACCAACAAGAAUCCGUACCAUGUGGAACAGCAACUCGGUUCUCAAAACAGUUUGCACAGUGAGUCGGAAUCGCGAGUCUCUCCGGCAUCUACACCUUUGCAACGAUUGGAUGGGAUUAAGAGACGAAACAAGCCACUGACCGAGAAACUGCGACGUCAACGGAUCAACCGGGCCUUGGAAGAGUUACGUGACUUGAUCGCGGACACGACAACUAAAAUGACAACUCGACUGGAAAAAGCGGACAUUCUCGAAUUGACAGUGAAGUUCGUGAAAAACAGUUUGCUACUAGCUCGAAACAAGCCCCAAUCAGAUGAUACUGAAAAUCCACUCUGUGUAAAUCAAACAGACAACAUUCAGAUGUUCCUUUAUGGCUAUGCGUCAUGUGAGGCCACCGUUCGGCGUGUGCUCAAAAAGAAUAUGGACAACAGUGACACUAACAACCCUGAACCCCUUUCCGACGUGUGUUCCUCAGUUCUCACUGAGCUUUCAACUCAACGUCGACUGGCUGUUACGCAUAUUCUCUCCUCUCGGCAAACGUUUGCACCUAAUGUGACCAACAUCACCGACAGUUCACAGUCAGCUACAUCCGGUUCUUCCAGUGCGGGUGUAGAGUUGUCCAAUGGAUCCACGGAGUCCCCGGUGGAUAUCAGCCCGACCACCGAACGGGAUGCCCCGUGUGAUCUGUCCUCAGCCCGCGGAAUCGAAAGGAUGACGAGGCAUGAGUCAACCAAUCGGGGCAAUGUUUGGCGACCUUGGUAA